AUGGAUAGUCAUCGGGUUCCGAGCGCUGGUUCGCAUUACGGAUUCGACGAUACGACAGAUGCGAACAUGGACCUAGGCAUGAGCCAAUCUACGUAUUGCAGUGACACUCAUUUGCAGAGUGUACAACAUCAGUCAACCACGUAUGGCCAAAGCCCUACAGAGUAUGGUAACCAAUAUUUUGGCCAGUGGCCUACCAUGAGCCUGGCACAUCAGCAACUCGCUCAUCAGCAGCAUCUAUCGGCACAUAGUUUCUCAUCCGGAUCCUCGAGCUUCCGCUCUUCUGGAAACAGCGUCUUCUCGCACGAUCCGACUCGAGAUUCUUCCAUCUCGGCUUCGUCAUACACCUCGGAUUUCCCCCGGGACCAUUACAUAUCGCAGACCGAGUACCUAUUGACUCACAGUUCGUCUGCUCAACCAUCCUACGCUCCAAGUCCAGUCGAAGGCCCUACCUCGUCAGCUCCAAGAAAAAGGUCAGCCCAGCGGCAGGUCGCUCAAGAGAAGGAUUACUUCAAGACGUGCAUUUCGGGGAACAAGCAAUGCAGGCCCUGUAACAAGGAGCAGAAAUACUUCUGUACGGCCUGCAAAAGGCCUUUCGUUGAGAAAGCAGACUGGAAACGACAUGAAGAAACAUAUCAAGAACGACCGGAAAUGUUCCAGUGUGACCUUUGCACUGCAAUCUACUUCCUCGAUAAAGAUUUCGUCGCCCAUCACGUUCACUCCCAUCGAUGCGCCGCGUGCAACGAGAAUACCAAAUGUUCUGGAAAGCGUCACGUUCAGUUAGCGAAGAAUCCACGCAUGACUCGAACAGGAUGGGGUUGCGGGUUUUGCUGCCACUUUAGUAGUAGCUGGACCGAGAGGUGUAAUCACAUUGCGCACCACCUCGAGAAUGAAGGGAAGACGAUGGCAGAGUGGCACCAUAGCUGCGUUAUUUACUCCCUGCUUCAUCGCCCGACUAUCUACUCUGGCUGGAUCAAUCUUCUCGAAAGUAAGCGUCGGCGGUUCACGGGCUUUGGAUGGAACCGGCACUCGACCGGACGCGUCGAAGGGUUCCCAGAGAGCAACCAAACCGUACAGCUCCAGGACGCACUCGAAUACUACACACCCGAUCAAGAUCCAGCAGCGCUGGCGCAGCUGGCCUAUGACAAGGCGGUGAAGCGGGCAGCGCCGCCGCAAGAACCUGUCGCUCCGCCUGUGCCUCCCAAAGACUCGAGCGACUACCGUGAUCACCACACCACAUCGCUACAGGAAUUGAUGAAAGAAACAGAUUCAUGGACACAGUUCAUUAAUUCAGUUCUCGAUGACGACGUCCUUCCUACAGGUGUCUACCACAUCGAGGGACGGCACGCAGCAUAG